GCACAACACCACAUCUUUUGUAUUCUUGCUUGUACUUUAAUUCACUGGACUGGGGUGCACCCUGUACAGGUUCAGUGGAGUUUAUUUCCGCAUUGUAGGUGGGCAGGUCAGUGGGACGUCAGUAGGAUGCAGUGUUACGUUUGGGGAAGUUGCUCAAUAUCGGAAAAAAACAUAUUGCAAGAGACUUCUCUGCAAAUGCCGGGCUUUUAAACUACAUGUUACACCCAGGAGAUGGUAAAAACACGACUGACGGCGCAGUUAUAGUCAUAGUAUAAUGUCUACAUAGCUGUCUGAGGUUUUGUCAGUAUUUCUGAUAUUAAAAAAAUGAAUAAUGCGGUAACUUCCGCUACUUACAUUCGCAAUCUUAAUUGUAGUACACGUCGCAAGUUAGCGGACUUUUUGGACCCUCAAGACAGGUGGAAAGAUGUUAUUGUGUCGAUAUACAAGGCUAGUGGGGAGCCACGGUACUCCCAGCAUCAUGUGAGGAGAUUUGAAGCCCUUGUUGCACAGGGAAGAAGUCCCACAGUUGAGUUGUUGAAUGACUGGGGGACAACCAACAGCACUGUGGGUGAACUAGUGGACAUUUUGAAGAGCCAAAAGUUACUGGCUGCUGCUCAUGUGCUGUUACCUGACAUAGAGAAAGAACCCAUCCCUGCAAAGCUACAGCAGGCCUCUCCGGUAGUGGAAGUAGAUGGGACAAGCCCGACCAGGGUGCUGGGAGAGACAGAGGCACAGCCAACACCAGUCAGCCCUAUUCUGCAACCACAGCUUCCUUCGGAAGAGAGUGAACCAGACAGUACAGGUGGCUGCACUCUUACUGAGGGAUCUAGCGGAGGUUUUUCUAGUUUCUUUUACCAUGAGCUGAUGAAGAUCACAGGCAACUUUGAUGAUCGUCCCAUGUCCGAUGGUGGGAGCAGACUGGGAGAGGGAGGCUUUGGGACCGUAUACAAAGGUCUCAUCAAUGAAAAACCUGUUGCGGUGAAAAGGCUCAAUCCAAUGGAGGACAUCCCGCUGGAGGAGCUGCGAGUUCAGUUCAACCAAGAGAUCCAAACUCUGCUGGUGCUGAAACAUGAGAACUUGGUGGACAUGGUUGGAUUUUCCUGUGAUGGACAGCAUCCCUGUCUGGUAUACGCCUAUAUGGCUAAUGGGUCCUUGUUAGACCGACUGGCUUGUUUGGAUGAAAGCCCCCCACUGUCUUGGAAACGGAGAUGUCUGAUAGCUGUUGGGACCGCAAGAGGCUUGGAAUAUCUGCACAACAACCAUCAUGUGCACAGAGAUGUUAAAAGUGCAAAUAUUCUGUUAGAUGAAGCGUUCGUGCCAAAGAUCUCAGACUUCGGGCUGACGAGGGCUUCGGCCAAGCGGUCAUCAACAACUAUGAUGACAGAGAGGAUUGUGGGUACUCGUGCAUACAUGGCACCUGAGGCGCUACGGGGCGAGAUCACACCAAGAUCUGACAUCUUCAGCUUUGGAGUGGUGUUGUUAGAAAUAUUAUCUGGACUCGCGCCAGCUGAUGAAAACCGCGAGCAGCAGUUCCUGAUGGAGCUGAGGUACGACAUUGACGAUGAGGAUGACGACCUGACCCUUGAGGAUUUCCUGGACACAAAGAUGAGGGACUGGGAGCUGGCCCAGGUGGAGAGUGUCUACUCCUUGGCCUGCAGUUGUCUCAAUGAGAGGAAGAUCAGACGGCCUGCUAUCAAACAGGUACAGUAAGGACUUUGGAAAUUAUAGACAUGCUUUAUGCUGAGAGAGAAAAAUGUAUUUUUAGGGGUAGCAGUGUAGUGUAUUGAGUGGAGAGAGUGUCUUUUUACUGGAGCGGUGUGUCAUACAGCAUCUGCCUUACUCAAGGGGACUUCUUCAAGAAAGGAUUCUUUUGCUGACACUUGGAAAUGGAAUUUCCGUGUGAGGAUCAAUAAAGUCAAAUGAUUGCUAUCAUUAAUCUUUAAGUUGUCAAGCACAGAGGCCUAUGCACAUUCAACAGGACUAAAAUCACAAAGGAAAUGCCUGUAAAAAAGACUUGUGUGCUCUUUUUGACCCUUCAGCUCAAAGGCGGGGCCAUAUAGAUAGUGAGAGCAAAGGAAAGUAAACACCCUAGCUUU